AUGAGUGUUUUCGAAGAGUGCUUGAAGUUUGUUAAGGAAUCCUUGGAAAAGAGGAAAGAAACGGCGGAGAAGGGACCCUUAUUGGUGAUAGUAUCGGGACCUCAGGGCUCUGGUAAGUCAUACACUAGCGCUUUGCUAGGUAAAGCGUUGGAAAGUGAAGGUUUGCGUAGCACUGUCCUAUCUAUUGACGAUUUCUACCUCACGCAUGCGGACCAGCUGGCAUUGCAGGCGAAGUUCCCGCAGAAUAAGCUUAUUCAAGGCCGGGGUUUGCCUGGGACACACGACUUGCCAUUGUUGAAGAAAGUGAUGGAAACGAUUGUGUCGAACCAUACAGGAAGUGUGGAAGUACCCGUGUAUGACAAAUCGAAGUUUAACGGACAGGGCGAUCGGGCAGGAACCCGCGAAGUAGCGUUACCCUUGGAUUGCGUGAUUAUGGAAGGCUGGUUCUUAGGAUUCGGGUCAGGACAAACCGCUUCUACAGAUCACAUGAACCCAGAACUGACCCAGGUUGACCAAUGGCUCAAAGAAUACGCUUCCCUUUUGUGGGAGUCGCCCCAUCACCCCAAGGUGAUGAUCAAAUUUGCAACGGACGAUAUCAAAAACGUGUACAAAUGGAGGCUACAACAGGAGCACCAGCUCGUGAAACAGCAGGGCCAAGGCAUGAGCGAUGAGGAAGUAAUUAAGUUUGUGGAUCGGUACAUGCCGUGCUAUGAGCUGUAUUACUCUAGUUUUUGCGAUGUUUCGCACAGCGAAAAAGGCACACUCAUCAUCCACAUCGACGAGAGCCGCCAAGUCCAGGGCAUCGACAACAAGAUGCAGCAGCAGUAG